AUGCAUUAUGAUAACAAGUUUGAAGGUUAUACAAAUUGUGCUGUUGCUCAAGCGACUUCACUCUGCACAGAUAAUAAAACAGCUGAUCAUUUAUGGAAAUUAAGUGCUGAAGCAUAUGCUUUUUUUUAUUUAUUAUCAAAAUAUUAUGUAUUUAAUGAAUGUAAUGCAGAUGCACAAGGUGUUCCUUAUAAUGGUACUUGCACUUUUACUCAUGAUUGUGUUGGUUGGCGUGAUGGACGUGUAAUAUGUGAUACGACAAAUAGAUGUACUUGUAGACCAGUUCUUACUGAUGCUUACGGGAAAGUCUUUUGGAAUAGUACAAGUCGUCGUUGUGUUUAUUGCCCAUCGAGAUGGUUUUUUCAAGGAACACGAUGUUAUUAUUUUCCUUAUGAGAAAACGAGUUGGUCAAAUGCUAGAGAAAGAUGUCGAUACCCUUUUAUGGCUGAUUUAAUUGUUUUUAAUGAUGUUGAUGAUUUAAAUUGGCUUCGAAAACAUGGAGAAGAAAUGGAUAUGUCAAUGGUUUUUCCUGAUACUUGGGAUACUCCUUAUUAUACUCGAUUUUGGAUAGGUGCAAUGAAUGAACCAUUUGUUAAAUGUAAGUUAGUAAUAAAUAUUAAUUUAAAAACAAAAUGA